GGUCCCGGGAGACAUUUUGGCUCGAGAGGAGCUGGCACUGAGCCACCAUGGCCAGUAAACAACAACAGCGUCAACUUCAAGUCAACUGGCUCGGAGCGGCGGCCUCGCUGUCUGCUGCUGCUUCCCGGGAAGCAAAAUAAAGACACACGGCCGUGCUUUCAACAAUGCGUCGAUUGUGUGUUUGACUGAUAUCCAUCCGGCGGGACAUCAUCCUGUGUUAUUAGAGCCAUGUCUUCCCAGCAGCCCAACAGCUCGGCCCCCAACAGUCCCACCAAUGGCAUCGGUUCUCCGUUCUCGAUCAACUCUCCAAUGGUGUCGCCCUCUCUGGGAUUUGGACCCAUCAGCCACACCCAGCUCUCAGCUUCAGGCGCCAUGUCAGGGAUGCAUUCAAUCAGCAGCUCCGAGGACAUCAAGCCUCCGUUCGGCCUGAGGCCCAUGUCUGCGCACAGUCCGGGAAUCAUGUUGUCUCAGAAGCGCCUGUGCGUCAUUUGUGGAGAUCGCUCGUCUGGCAAGCACUACGGUGUUUACAGCUGCGAGGGCUGCAAAGGUUUUUUCAAGAGGACGGUCCGCAAAGACUUGAGCUACACGUGCAGGGACAACAAGGAGUGCCUGGUGGACAAACGCCAGCGCAACCGCUGCCAGUACUGCCGCUACCAGAAGUGCCUGGCCAUGGGAAUGAAGAGGGAAGUGGUCAAACAUGUAAGGUGGAUAAAAGAAGAUGGAAAAGAUGAGGGUCGGAUGACGGUUCAAGAGGAGCGCCAGAGGAACCGCGAACGGGAAGGCGAGCUGGAGUUCAGCAUGGGCAUUAACGAGGAGAUGCCAGUGGAGAAGAUCUUGGAGGCGGAGACUGCGGUGGAGCAGAAGACUGAGCUUCACUCUGAUGGAGGCUCUGCGGGCAACUCUCCCCAUGACGCGGUCACCAACAUCUGCCAGACCGCAGACAAGCAGCUCUUCGCCCUGGUGGAGUGGGCCAAGAGAAUCCCUCACUUCUGUGAGCUGCCCCUCGAUGACCAGGUCAUCCUCCUGCGUGCAGGUUGGAACGAGCUCCUCAUCGCCUCCUUCUCCCACCGCUCCAUUGCCCUGAAGGACGGCGUUCUGCUCACCUCGGAGCUGCAGCGUGACGGUGCUCACAGUGCAGGAGUGGGAGCUAUCUUUGACAGGGAGAGUGUGCAGAGUGCAGAGGUUGGUGCCAUAUUUGACAGGGUUCUCACCGAGCUUGUCAACAAGAUGAGAGAUAUGCAAAUGGACAAGACAGAGCUGGGCUGCCUUCGCGCAAUCGUCCUCUUCAACCCAGAUGCUAAAGGUCUGUCCAACACGGGGGAGGUGGAGGUGCUCCGAGAGAAGGUGUAUGCGUCGCUGGAGGCUUACUGCAAAAACAAAUAUCCCGAGCAGCAGGGCAGGUUCGCCAAGCUGCUCCUUCGCCUGCCCGCGCUGCGCUCCAUCGGCCUGAAGUGCUUGGAGCACCUGUUCUUCUUCAAGCUGAUCGGCGACACGCCCAUUGACACUUUCCUCAUGGAGAUGCUUGAAGCUCCUCAUCAGCUGGCCUAGAAGGGAGCGUGCAGACUGGAGUGGCACUUUAACUUUGAAACAUUUGUCCGCUUGUCUCACUGCUAUCUGGGUUCCACUUCCUGUUCGUUUGUCUGUUUGUUUUAGUGCUGCACACAUUUUGCUCUUUUUAGACCAAACAAGCUGGCUGGUGCUACGUGUCGAAAGAAGUAUUCCCCCCCCCCCCCGCCCCCUUUCACCGGCUAUAUACCAUUUUAUAUGAGCUUUGUACACACUGCUUAAGUGGAUCUAUUUUUAAACGGGCGCACGCGUCGAAGACCUAGUCUUCUUUUUAAUCCUUUCUAUUCAAACAUGGAUCUAUUCCACAAGAUGAAAUCUUAGCAGAGACACAAAAUGUCUGCCCUCCAUUUCGACUUGUUUACGACUGCCCUUUUCUGAGGCCAAUCACUUGACUUUCUAAAAGCUGCCAGCUGACUGUUGGAGCCUUUUCAUGUUUGGUGCUAUUUACGAGAAAAUGCGACUAUUGGUUUGAAAACCCCACACCUAAGAGGAUAUGCAAACAUGAGCUUUGUUUAUUUUUAUUUUUUUUUGUUAUUUUAAAUAAAAUGUAGCAAUAUGAAAAAUGUUAAAGUGCUUUCUGCCUUUCACUCAUUCAGGGGUUUUACCAAGUAAAUCACGUCUGGUGGAAAGGGAAUAUUCCAUUUUGUAAUUUAUGCAAUUCUGAGGUACUGUGCAAAAGAAAUUGUUCAGUGAAAAUGUAUGUUGAUUAAUUUCAAUUAUGACCAGGAGAUACAAAUUAUAUCAUUGUUAACCCGUGCCCUUGUUUUUAUUAUUUUCCAAGUUUUCAAAUAGCAGUACAUGCUGGGUUGCACUGGAAUUGCUGACAGUGUUUCAGCUUUUUUAUUUUAUUUUUUUUAAAUCCCUUUCAGCUCCAUUGUAUUUCCUUCCAUCCUUCUUUCCUUGCUAGGUAGCUGUCCUGUCCGUUGUACUGUCUCUGCAGUUUAUUCAAAGCAAAAUUGUAAAAUUAGGUCCAGAGCACCUCAAGUCAUUGAUCAACUUGACCUCCAUGUGCUCCUUGACUCAUGGGUCGUGUGGACUAAAAAUAAACAUGACUUCAGUUUGUGA